AUGGAAAACACUCUUGAAGACGAAGACAGCACCACUCUGUCAGAGAGCAGACUCAUCCUGAUUGGUGGGAGAUGGUCUGGUAAGAGCUCCUCUGGCAACACCAUCCUGGGAAAGGACAGGUUCGAGUGUGGCCGAACCAGAACAGCUCAGUGUGAAGUGAGACAUGAAGAGGUCCAGGGUAGGAACCUCAUCGUGGUCGAUGCUCCAGGAUGGAGCAGCUCGCUGUCCCUCACUGAGAUCCCAGAAGGGGACAAGCAAAGAUUUAAACUCAACGUGUCCAAAUGUCCACCCGGACCAGACACUUUCCUCCUUGUCAUCCCCAUAGACUGUGCUUUCUCUGUGGAGCAGAAGAGGACAGUGGAGGAGCACAUGAAGCUGCUGGGGGAGCGGGUUUGGCGGUACACCAUGGUGCUGUUCACCUGUGGGGAUUUCCUCGGGGAGAAGACGAUAGAGCAGCACAUUGAGAGUGAGGGAGAUUCGCUCAAGUGGUUAAUAGAAAGAUGCAGGAACAGGUACCACGUGUUCAAUAACAAGAAGAAGACUGACUCAUCUCAGGUGACAGAGCUGCUGGAGAAGAUAGAUGAGAUGGUGUGGCACAACAACGGCACUCACUACGAGGUAGAUGAACAAACGUUGAACAUCAUCAGAGAGAAGCAAGAAAAAGUGGCUGAGAGGGCAAACGACAGAAGGAGGAGGGCCGAGGAGGAAAGACAACAAAGGAAAACACUCAUUCCAGGUGAAUGUGACAGAAGCUUCCAAUGCCAGACCAACAUCGCAUAG